CAGUUUUGGAGUAGCUCAAAAUAUUUUCGCUAUGGUUUUUUUUUAAUAAUUUCGUGUGUGAAACGGUGAUAUUAUUGAUUUUUGUUGCAUUUUAUGCAUCGUCCAGCUGAAGCACAACGAAAUCCGCCAAGGGACUCCACGGCUAGCGCACAGGGAGGCAGUGAAAAAGUUUUGUUUACCUUUUUUCGAUAUCCCAGAGUUCUGCGAUUUCGGUGUCGCUGUGUGCGUGUGCGAGCGCCCAUGUCACCCGUGUGUGUGUGCGUGCGAGCUGGUGUGCAAAAAUGAAAAUGCAUUCUCAAUAAAGCGAAAUAAAUGUGCCAACCGCUAAGAGAGUAGUGCAUUCUAAAAUUGGUUGUUAAAGCUGCGCACAUGGAAAAUGUGCCCGAUAUUUCCACCAGCGCUUCGUCCUCUUCUACUUCUAAUUCAACUUCCACACUGAAACUCCAAAGCCAAAUCAACUCUAAAAAUGUCCUGAUCCGAUCGCAGAGCAGUGGCAAGCUAAGCAGCAAUGAAGCAAAAUCAGCAAAGCCAGCAGCAUCAACCAGUACAACGACGACCCUGCGAGCGGCCAAGCUCAAGAUCGGGGCCAUGCAACAGCAGAAGCAGCAACACCAGCAGCAGCAGAAGCAGCAACAACAGCAGCAGCAUCAGGUCACGAGCGGCGGCAACAUCAUCCUGCUGCGCGGCACUCGCAACGAGAAUGGCCAGAUCAUCAUCCAGAACAAGCAGGACAUACUCAGCCUGCUCAGCGAACAACAACAGCAGCAGCAGCAGGAGAAGAGCCACUCUUCCACGGCCAUCACGCUCAACCAGCUGCCCACGGCGACAACGGUGGCUAGGAAGACCAUUGUGCAGGGCUCGAGUGGAGCAGGCUGCAGCAGCAACAGCUCCACCAUUUCCAUUGUGGCCAACAGCAACAACAAGGAGGCCAGCAGCAACACGAUCCUUCUGCAAACCCCCAUCAAUGCCAGUCAGUUGGAGAGCGUUCUAAAGGCACAGGAGCGUUCAAAGCAGGCCAACGCCACGCAAACCAAGAUGGUGGAGAGACCCUUUAUGCUGAAACAUGCCACACGCAGCUUGAGUUCCGAGAGCAACUGCGACAGCAAGUCACCCUUUGUGCUGCAAACGCUGAAGCGACUGGAGAAGUCUCAAUCCAUACUGGUCAUACGCAACUCCACGGCGUCGUCCGCUGCAAGCAACACUUCCAUGGCCACUUCGCCGCCAAAUGGCAACAGUCUUGCCACCUCAAGUAUUCUAAGCGUGACACGCACCUCGAAGGCGGCCAAGGGCGUGGCAGGAGCGUUGCACAAGCUCAAGGCGGCAGCAGCCACAACAGCCACGAGCGGGGGAGCCGCUUCAGCCGGAGCAACAUCAUCUACGGCCACCACCAUACUUAGGCUGGGAAAAAGCGCCACCACGGUGGCCAUUAAUGGAGCAAGCAAACUGGAGGCAACGACGAGCAAAACCACAGCGGCGCCAGUUCCGGUCACAACGACAACAUCAAAUAAAUUGUCCAACGCGGUGACAAGCGAGCAGCAGCAGCAGCAGCAACAAUCGACAACAAUGCAAACGAAUGUGCCACUUGGGAACGAUGGCGAACCCAUCAAGCUGCCCGACAAUUUGGAGAGCCUGCCAAGAGCCGACAGUUUUCCAUCACAGCGUCAUCGUUGGAAUACAAAUGAGGAAAUCGCCGCGAUUCUUAUCAGCUUUGAUAAGCAUGGCGAGUGGCAGUCCAAAGAGGUUCGAACCAGGCCCAAAAGCGGAUCGCUCUUGCUCUACUCAAGGAAGAAGGUGCGCUACAGACGCGAUGGAUACUGCUGGAAGAAACGCAAGGAUGGCAAGACAACGCGCGAGGAUCACAUGAAACUGAAAGUACAAGGCACUGAGUGCAUCUAUGGUUGUUAUGUACACUCGGCCAUAUUGCCCACAUUUCAUCGCAGAUGUUACUGGCUGUUGCAGAAUCCGGACAUUGUUUUGGUGCACUACCUCAAUGUCCCAUAUCCGGAUGAUAACAAAAUGGCCGUGAUUGCGCCCAGUAUCACACUUUGGGGCGACAAAAAGGAGUGGACCAAGGAGGAGCUGGUCAGCCAGCUCAAGCCCAUGCUAUCCACAAUUAAUUCCGAUGAUGACUCCGACUCGGGUAACGAUAUAGAAAUAUCAACGGCGGAGACGGUGGAGUCCAUAGUGUGCCAACUGAUGGAGAAGCAGAGGUUGUCGCGCCAGGCUGCCUUGGUCAAGCAGCUAGACUGCGGGUGCGGAGAUGGCGGAUGCGUGGACGGAAAGACCUGUACGCAUCCCGUGAUGCGACGAUCGGCCGCCAUGCUGAAGUCCUCGGUGCAGGAGAAACGGCUGGGCGAGCCCUUCAACGGCAACACGCCCAAUGUGGUGGUGGCCAGCAAGCUCUACUCCCGAUGGGCGGAGCGGCCAAGGCAGCACGUGGAGAAUCACGGCCAGUUCCACAACGUCACUCAGCAGUUGCCGCAGGAGUCGGCCAUUAAGUUUCAGAUCAUUCCGCCGCAGCAACAGCAGCAGCAGGAUGGGAACUACCAGCAGCAGCAGUAUCGGAGUGCAAGUCAUAUGCUCGCUGCAAGGAGUAAUCUGGUGAUGCAGCAACAGCAGCAGCAGCAACACCAGCAACACCAACAACAGCAGCAAUACCACCAGCAACAGCAGCAGCAGCACCAACAACAGCAGCAGCAGCACCAACAACAGCAGCAACAACAACAGCAGCAGCACUUGAGUCUACAGCGAUUUGUUGCCAGUCAAGGCCAGAAUUCGGUGCAUCUCAAUCAGCAGCACAGGCUGCAAAUAGCCAAUACAACGAUCACAGCCACAGCCAGAGAUCCUGCGACAACUUCAGCAGCAGCUUCAGCGGCAGCUUCUGGAGCAGCAGCAGUCGCCUCGAAUAUAAUGGACACAGAACUAAUUGAAAACCAAAACCACAUGACCGCAAACAAAAUCACAAACUCCGGCAGCAGCAAUAGCAGUAGCAGCAAUGCCAGCAAGCAAUUAGCAGCCCAAACAAACAACGAAUUAAAUGUCGUAAAUAAUAACGACCCCGGCAACAAUAACUUUAUGUACAAUCAACAGCAGCAACUUAAUGCUUCCAGCAACAGCAACAACAGCAGCCAGCAGCAGCAGCAGCAGCAACAUUAUUAUAAAUUGCAACAGACAACAGCAACCCCAACUAGUGGUCAGCCACCUCCUCUGGCGCAAGUUCAACCCCACUCCUUGGGCCAACCACCCGUGGAGGCCAUGUGCAUGUCACCCGAGCAUCGCAGCAGCAGCCAGCCCACACCUGCAACGUCUUCCGCUGGUAGCAUCCCCUCCGCCGUUUCCGUAUCCAUAUCCGUGUCCACAAACACACCCACACCCGCUCCCACGUCCAUAUCCACGCCCACAUCGGGCACUUCGUCCACUUCGAGUUCCUUACAAUCGAUUAUCGAUGGCAAUCAGCAGCAACAAAUUACAACGACGUCGACGGCAGCAACUUGUGAUAAUUUAAUGAGCGCCAAUGCGCUCUCUGAGCAGGAUAGCCACACAGUCAACAAUCAGGCCACAGAAGCCCCCAACAGGAGUCAGCUGCAAUCGCAAUCACAAUCCCUGAACCAAAAUGGUUGUGCAACUUACAGUGCUUCCAGUGAUAACAGCAGCCAAAUUAGUGACGAAAGCAGCAGCUUUGGCGGUAACAAUCAAAACAGCAGCAACAGCAGCAGCAGCGAGGAGGAGCCCCAGGUGGAAGCGUUGAGCUUCUUUAACGAGACCUUGGAUCUGUCCCACGAGGACAUCCAGCGCACUCUGAUAGCGAAUAUGCCGUACAAUACGACAGCAGCGGGAGCCACAGCACCCAGUACAACGAUAACAACUGGCAACACCAAACUCGAAUUAAGCCAACAGGAGCCGGAGAAGAAACCCGAGAUGAGAACCGAACCCGCAACCGAUGUUGAGGAGGAUGAAACGGACGAUGUGUUUGCCAAUCUGGAUGCCUUCGAUAUGCUCGUGGAGUUUCCCGAACUGGACUUGGAUGACAAGCAGGCGCUGAAUAACACGGCUUUGGAGCAGAGCUCCUUUUUGGGAGAGUCCGCACCAUCGCAGCCACACAAGGUACACAAUAUAUGCGACUUUAGUCCCGAAUGGUCGUACACGGAGGGAGGCGUUAAGGUUCUGGUGGCCGGACCUUGGACGAGCUCGAAUGGCGGUGCGUAUACGGUGCUGUUCGAUGCGCAACCAGUACCCACGCAACUGGUCCAGGAAGGAGUACUUCGCUGCUAUUGUCCAGCCCACGAGGCUGGAUUUGUGACUCUGCAGGUGGCUUGUGGCGGAUUCCUUGUUUCCAACUCCGUUAUGUUUGAAUACAAGCUCUCUCUGCUGGCGGAUGCACCUUUCGAUGCCACCAGCUCUAACGAUUGCCUGUACAAGUUUACGCUGCUAAAUCGCCUGUCCACCAUCGACGAGAAACUGCAGGUGAAGACGGAGCAUGAGCUCACGACCGACAACACUGCUCUCUACCUGGAGCCAAACUUCGAGGAGAAGCUGGUAGCAUAUUGCCACAAGCUGAUCAAGCACGCCUGGAGCAUGCCCAGCACAGCCGCCUCGUGGACGGUGGGAUUACGUGGCAUGACUCUGCUCCACUUGGCCGCUGCCUUGGGCUAUGCAAAGCUGGUGGGCGCCAUGCUGAACUGGCGAUCGGAAAAUCCACAUAUCAUUCUUGAAACCGAACUGGACGCCCUCAGCCAGGAUGUCUACGGUUUUACUCCGCUCGCCUGGGCCUGUGUGCGUGGCCAUGUGGAGUGCUCGCUGCUGCUUUACAAGUGGAACCACAAUGCGCUGAAGAUCAAAACGCAGGCACAGCAAACUCCCCUGGAUUUGGCCAGCAUGCGGGGUCACAAAGUUUUGCUGGCGCAGAUGUAUCGCUUGGAAAAGGAGCGCUGCCGCAAGCCGCAACUGCGCGGUGGCUUGGCCAAUCUUUCCAUGAACAUGGGCGUAGAAGCGGACGCGGAGGAACAGCACCAGAGCUUCAGCGCUUUUGACUUGGAACUCCAGCGCAAGCAUGAUGGAGUUUUCCUGAGACCCGUUGCGGUGCAUAGCAAUCAGAGUCCACCCAAUGGCAGCAGUCGUUACUCCAAACGUUCCUCCAUAGAUAGUGGCAUUAACAUGGACAUACGCAGCAAGUCAGGCAAACCACUGGCCAGGCUCCAUAGCAACUUUGAGAGCCAUGACAGCUAUGCUCUGGGCGUCGAUUCACCACUGGACUCGCUGACUGGAACCAACUGUCUGCUGUCGCCGCUGCGCAAAAUGGACUUUGCCCUCUGCGAGGUAUCUACGGGCGAAUCGAGUCCCGUGCACGACAAAGAUUGCGACGACAAUUCAACGAGCGCGACCGACGUGACCAUUGGCAAUGAUUUGGUCCUGCCCGAUGCCGUUGUAGGGGACUCCGAUGCCAAAGUUCUGACUUUAGCUGAACACAUAAUAGCAGCCAUGCCAGAACGAAUUAAGAACGAGGCCGAUGAAAUGAUGGUGCUGGGCAGUCCCUUGACAGAACCCCUCACUUCAGAAUCUUCUGCGCUGACGGACAGCUUUAUGGACCCACUGCUCGAUUCGCUGCCCAACACACAUUUUGACAGCGACUUCAGUUUCGACUUCCAUGACCAUAGCUAUCGCUAUCACGACGUCAGCACACCGUGCUCCAGUUUGAGUCCCGCCAGCUCGGGACCGCUGCAGUCCCCGGCCAGUUACUCCAUUUUGGGAACCGAUCCCUCAGUCAGUUCACCCAGUCCCCCGCCAUCCACCAAACAGUUGACGGAGUUCCUGCACGCCUCCAGCAUCUCGUCGUAUCCCUUUGAGGCGGAUUUCUCUAAGCUAACCCUAACAGACACGGAGCAGCGAGAGCUCUACGAGGCAGCCAAGUGCAUCCAAAAGGCGUAUCGCUCGUACAAGGGUCGACAGAAGCUCGAGGAGCAGAACAAGGAACGGAGCGCUGCCACUGUCAUCCAGAACUACUACAGGCGGUACAAGCAGUACGCCUACUACAGGCAGAUGACAAACGCAGCCCUGGUGAUCCAACAUGGCUACCGCUCCUACAGACGAAACAAGCGAUUCAAGAAGAGCGGCUUGUGCUUGAGCAGCUCCAGUGAUCAUGGAAGUGUGAGCAGCAAUUCCCAGUGCUUGUCCAGCUUCUACGAUCAUUACAAACAGGAUCAGCAGCAGCUUCACGAGAUGGGCUCCCAGCCCAGCACGCCUAAGGAAACCAGCCCUUCGGGUCCCUUGAAGCGAACCUACUCGCAGUCCACGCAAAAUCAAGCUGCCCGGAAAAUUCAACAGUUUAUGAGACAAUCACGCAUCAAACUACAGAAAGAGCGAGCCGAAAAAGAGAAGCUGGUGCACCAACGCAGGGCGGAAUACCUUCAAAACUUGCAGUUUCAAGGGCAGCAGGAAAUGUUGGUGUGCCACGAAAAUAACGUUUCUGCGCCAAGCAGUGGCAACACCAAUGCGAGCAACAACAACAAUCUACACCAAAUACAAUCCAAUCAGUGAGGGUCAACUGAGUGAAUUUUAAACAUAGGAACAAGCUGCACGGUUCCAUAAGAAUUUAUGAAUAGCUUUAACAACCGAGUGAAACUUUCUACUUUCGUAUUUGCUCCGAUUAGGAAAAACAAUCCCAAGCACCUCUGUAGUGAAACUUUGUUUCAAACUCUCUUUUACACAGACAACAAACGUUCUAAAUUAGUAGCGAAUACCUGCACUUUAAUUCAUUUGCCUAACGAAUUUUAAGAAUCACACAUUAUUUUCGAAGUGAAUGUAGCUUAGGCUAGAGGUCUUUUAAGGUAUUACUUAAACCUAAACUUAACUGAAGAUCGGACUCCAGGGAGCAGAAGAUAACGCAAUUUUUCCAUUUGUCUACUCGAAAGAACUUAUUACUGAAGCCUUUAAAAACUUUUUAACUCCAAUUGUAGUAUGGUAUGCAUCUAUAUAAUUACAUUUGUAUAUAAAUAUUGCCUAACUAACUAAAUUCUAGUCUAUUUUAACGUACUACCAAGCUCUGCGAUGCGACUAUGCUUGUCUCUAAAGCUAAAGCAAAAUACAAAAAGAACGAAAACCUAUAACAUUAAUCCUCGAUACUAACUAGAUGCUAACUGCUCUUUAGGUUUAAUCAUAAGACUCCACUGAAAGUCCAAAGUUGUUGUUGAUUUCUAAAAUCAAAUUCGUGUGGAGAGCGCAGCAGAUAUCGAUUUAUCAUAUUUCAAAGAAAGUAAACCCCCUAUUCUAAUUUCUAAUACGCAAGUACUUAAUUCGAUAAUGUGUACUAAGUCUUAACUUAUCUGACUAUACAGACUAAGCCUAGCUAAUAAUAGUAUAAAUCACAGGAAUGGUUAAUGUGUUGCGUGGGCACACAUCCAAAUCAAAGUGCAGUCAGUCAGAUGAACUGAUGAUAGUUAUUGGAAACAUGGAAUUUCCGACUUUUUGCUGCUGCAAUCCCAUUAAUCGAUUGAUCGCGCCAGUCAAUCUUAACUGCUUGAAUGAAUACACAGCCAAACACACAAAAAGAAGCAAGAGAGAAAAGUUUUUAAACUAAAUGUAACAAUAAAUGAAUUUUUGUAAAUUAUUUUUGUCCGUCCACAUUGUUAGCUUUCAUAACAUACCAACAAGAACAUAUAUACUUACAAAUAUACAUUAUAUAUAAUAGAGAAAGAGCCGAUACUGAUUCGAAAACUCAAGAAACAAUUUUUAAAGGAUCGUUCUAGUUCAAAUUAAUAAACACUGGCGAUAGAAGUAUGUAUAUAAACCAGCUCCAAAACUAUGUCCUGCACGUAGAAUUGGACACACUUACCUCUAGCAGUCCCAAACCAGAUAAAAUAGAAACCAAAAACCAAAAUCACAAAAACCCAAGUGCGAAUAAAGCAACUUCAAGUGAGAGAAUGCGAAAUCUGCGUAUUGCGAUGUGCAAAUGGGCUGUAAGUUAACUUUUACUUGACGAAUGUUUGUCACAACCAGAUGCGCAGCUGUUGACUAUGGGUGGGAUUUAGAUCUAUCACAUUGUUAACUAUUAAACUACGAACUAUUAUAGUUAAUUCGCACUAUUAUUACUCUACGAAUACGAAACUUUGAUUGCAUUUUGCUCUAACUUAACUAUGUAUAAAUCUGAUCAACUGAUUCGAAAUGAAGACUAAAUACGAUUUCACUACUCAACUGACUUAAGAAUUGCAAUCAAUUUUGUUAACUGUUUACGCAGGGUGUUAAACUUAUACCAGCUGAAUACUAAAUCCAAUUAAUUGCAAUAUUUGCACAUACUACACACACUGGACACGCUCUGGCUCACAUAAAGAACACACACAGAUACACAAUUUAUAAACCUCAAAGUAGCAACCUGAGUGUGUUUUAAUGGAAGGAAGUCUUUUUAGAUAGAGGGAGGCCAAAAGGCAAAGAAAACUUAAGUACCUUAAGCCAAUUGGCACUAAAACUAAACUUAAAUCUAACAAACAAUUAUAAAUACCUACAACAGACUAUGUAUCUAUAUCGAAGUGGGUGUCUGCGAACGUAGGGCAUUUCCCCCAAGCUAGUUUGGUUUGUACUUUUUUCCCUUCAACUGAACUAAAUCUAAUGCAACACCAAAAUUGUUGAUAUCUUACGAAACUAUACAAUAGGAAACCUAUUAUAGCUAAUGUAAUUGGAUAUUCAGUACUCACAUAUCUGUUAGAUAAUUUAUACCUAUCUUCGUCCUAAUAGAACUUUUAAGUGCGGCGCAUGUACGAAACCAGCAUUCUUCUUCAACUUCGACUAGAUAACACUAACCUACCAUCCAACUUUGUCCCAAGAAAUCCAAAAUCAGCUACUUAAACUGUUUGUUUCCGACUUUCAGCUUAGUAGAGCAGCAAAUAGGAACGGAUAUGAAACUGUUAACUAAACUUUUAAGCGAAAUAUACCUAGAGUGUAACCUUUUUAAAUAUUAUACCUUACUUGUAUGGGAUACUUAGCAUGAACUAUACACAUAUAUCGGAAAACUAAAGAAUGUUUAACAAAUCAACGUAUUAUAUGUAUAUGUACAGACACAGACACUGAUACACCCUAACCACAUACGAAACAUAGAGUUAUAUAUAUAUAUACAUAUAUAUUGUAAAAGGACUUUCCAGUUUCUGUAAAAUUGUAAUUACAUCCAAUAAAGUUUAAUUCAACACUUUAA